CACUGAAAUCGGAAGCGUUACGUAAAGUUUUCGUAAUGACUUAGCUUUUUACGUAACACGGCGUUAAUACUCAUUACGUAAAGAGAUAUUCUAUUACGUAAGGCUUUCGUAAUGACAUUUUCCAACUGUUAAGUAAAAUACACAUUCAUUACGUAAAGGUUACGAAAUGAUAGUUAUUUCUUAUGUAGCAGUUAAAUCGGAAGCGUUACGUAAGGCUUCCAUAAUGACUUAACACUUUACGUAACAUGAGGUUAAUAUUCAUUACGUAAAAAGACCUUCCAUUAUGUAAAGGUUACAGAACGAUAGUUAUUUCGUAGGUAACAGUUAAAUCAAUAGCGUUACGUAAAACUUCCGUAAUAACUUAGCAUUAUACGUAAUUUGAGGUUAAUACUCAUUACGUAAAAACACAUCCUAUUACGUAAAGCUUCUGUAAUGAUCUUUUACAAUUGUUACGUAAGAUUACCAUAUGUUACGUAACUAUUACGUAAUGUCUAUUGUAUUUUACAUAAUGCAAUCUAUGAAACUUGCUAUAACAGGUUAAAAAAUUUAAGUUAUCUUACUUCAAUUUACAGUAGGAGAUCCCUAUUUAAUUUACUGUGAGCUGGGACUUGGUACUAUACUAGCCGGCCGGCCCAUAAUUUGAACAGCCUAACUUUUCUUUUAUUUAGUUUGGGCAUGUGCUACGUGAUAGGCCUCUUAUAUUAAACCUCCACAUUUGCAGUCCUGCACCAUUUUUAUUGAUCAGACCAUCGAGUCGAUGGUUGACUCAGGAAAAAGCUAGUUUAAAAUUCAUUUGAAAUAAAUUUUGUUCAGGUAACAUAUACGAAUCAAUUCACGAGUUGAGCUAGUUUAUUUUGAACUCAUGAAUUGAUUCGAUAAUAUGUGACUAGCGAGUUAGGCAGCCAGCUUGAAUAGCGUCCUAUUAGGGAAACUAUCUACAACUUAUGACUUGAAAUGGGCUUUGUGUGGCUGCAGAGGACGGGAAAGCCUUUGCGGACGACGUGGCAGUGGACGCAGAAGGCAACGCAUACGUGACCGACGUCGCAGGCAACAAAAUCUGGAAGGUCGGUCCCGACGGCCAACUCCUCUCCACAAUCACCCACCCUCUCUUCACUCCAAAACAAUGGUACAAAACCCUCUUCGGCCUAAACGGCAUCGUUUACCACCCAGACGGCUACCUGCUCGUCAUCCACACCUUCACCGGCAACCUGUUCAAGAUCCGGCUUCCAGACGUCAGCGUCGUAUUGGUCCACGUCGAAGGGUCUCUGGCGUUCGGAGACGGGAUGGAGCUGCUGUCCCCGACUCAGCUCGUGGUGGCCGGUUCGAGCCCGUCGGCCAGGCUGGUGGAGAGCUCCGACGGUUGGGAGACGGCUAAAGUGGUGGGCAGCUUCAAGGGGCCUUCUCAUCGGCUGUCGACGGCGGCGACGGUGAAAGACGGGAAGGUGUAUUUGAGUCACAUGUUUGGGAUUGGGUACCCGGAGAAGAAGCAUGCGAUCGUUGAGGCAGUUUUCUCUGCUUAAAUGAAUGAAUGAAACCCUUUCUGUUUAAUGGUUUUAUAUUCAUGUUUGUUGUAGUAGGAAACUUACAUUGUUUUGGGUGUGGAGUCUUUUGUUGUAUUGAAGUUCAGCAAGGCCGGAGUAGCUAGCUCCCGGUCGUCAUACAACUCUAAUUCCCUACGAUUUAUCGAGUCGCCAAAAUUGAACAAAUGAUAGUAAUUACAUUUUCACAAAUUAAGUGACUGAACUAUCAUGAUUAUAAUUUGUCAAUGAUCGUAAAAAAAACAUGACUUUCGGUGACCAUUUCAUUGUGGUCGCUCGAAAAAUGGUCGCUGAAUACUAACUUUCUUGUAGUGCAACAAGUUUAUAACCCAACAAGUUCAGCAAUCCUCUAAAUGAUAGGAGAGAUGCUAUCGGAUGACCACGAUCUUUGGUUCGAAAGUACAUGUUAUAUGUUCUUAUAAGUUUAGGUAUGCAAGGUUUGUUGGAUGGGCAAUGAACUAGUUGGAUGAAUUUUAAUCUUUGAGUUCAAAAUCAUUGACCCCACAACUUAUUGAGUAAUGGAAAACAUUUACUCGCACUCAUCUGAAUAUGCAAGGAAGACGGGUUGGAUUCAAAUAAUGAAGCGAUUAUGUUAUUUUAAGUGAUUUGGGACUUUUUGGUCGUGACCAUGAAAUAGAAACAUAAGGGGACGAGGGAAGAGUCAGAGAAUGUCACGAUCGUGAUUUUUCAGUUUAGACCGUGAACUACAAACAUAAACUUCUAAACUCAUGACUAUUCUCAUUACUGUGGGAAUCAUAAUCGACAUUCACAAUCCGGAUGAUAUCGGAACAAUGCUUACAUCUUUUAACAUAUUAUAAUUUUAACAUAUUAUAAUUUUGUAGAAGAUGAUUUUUGAACUAUACUAAGUUUAUGCCAACAACGUAUAACAUGCACAAAAAUAUAAGAUGAGAUGUUAUAAUAGUUCAUAUGGCACCAUAAAUUAGACAAGAGUACAAAUAUCAUUAUUCAGUUACUCAUUCCCAAUUUGCCACAACACUAGUCCACAAUCUUAUAGAGCGAAAAUUCACCUUGCUACUUACAACACUAGGUACGACAAUUCUUUUACGCCGCUAUUAAGUUAGCCAGCAAGUCAAACUAGAACUCCGAUACAAGUUCUCGAAAAGCCAAAGUUAAUGUACUGCCCAAAAUCGCUGGAAGAAAUAGCGAGAACGACCGCGAUCAGUCAAAAUCAAACUCGCCCUGCGGUUCGACGAUUUCUUAUACUAGGUUGAACCAUUCCUAUUAAUAGGGGUGGAAGUUUGGUUUGCGGAUUGCGGGUAACUCACAACCGCUCCAAACCACACACUUUGUGGAUACCCAUACCCACAAUUUGUGGAUAGUAGGCUGGGUGUGGGUAGCAAAAUAUUAAAUUUUGUGGUUAGUG